AUAUCCGCAAUGGCAGACCUUGAUAUACCGAAUUUUGCGGACGAUGACCGCCCCAUAGCCCUUCGCAAGAUGAGACGCAGUAGUAGUGGUGUGAAGUCGUCACGUCCACGAUCCAACCCCCAAGUCUUAAUACCUCGAUCCUACGGAAUAUCAUCCCCGCCAGAGACGCCUAAGAAGUCCAGGAAACGCGUUCGAUUCUCCGAUCCAGGACCAGAAAUCCAAUCGGACUUGGCAUCGUCAGGUCUUACUCCAUUUAUUCGCCGGACGUCUCUUUCAGCGCCUACUUCAAACCGUCGCCAUUCUGCUCCAAUAAAGCUAUGGAAUCGUGCUGGAUAUGAUGUCCCUUUGUCUGGGACAAUACAAUUCGAGCCAUUGAGACAAGUCCUAGAUGGUAGAGUGAGAAGGAGGCUGAGGAGGAACAGGCUUAGUGAGGAAGUUAACAACAUCGAGUGGGAUAAGAGACAGGAGGCAAAAGCUCGCAAGACAGAAGUCGAAAAACUCAGAAAACAAUUGGAACAGAAAGACUUGGAGAUGCAGACUAUGAGAGAUGAGCAAGAUCUUGCGAGUCAAAUCGAGGGCGAAUCGGGGAUUUCUGUCAACGCAGACAUUACCCUCGGUAUUAAAGUCCGUGAGCUAGAGCAACAAAUUGUUGACCUGAAGGCUGCUCUUCAAGAAAAGGAGUCUGAUACUACGCAAGAUCCCAAUUGGACCAUGGCUGCCCGAGAUCCAUUCGAUUUUGACGAUGAUGACGAUGAUGAUAACGAUAUGAUGAUCACGAAUUAUGACGAGGACUUCGGAGAGAUCUCGAUGAAUGAUGAGCUGAUGACAACUCCCACGCGUCUGAAUACUUCACUCCUGUCUCCACCAUCAACGAAGCUAGAUACCCCAUAUACAUCGACAUCCCGUAGCAACGGCACACAAACGACAGAUCCCGUUCCAGAUCCGGAGAAAGAAGCUCUGAGAGCUCAGCUUGAGUCUCUGCAAUCAGAGAUAUCCAAACUGACAUCAACAAUUGCAUUCAACGAUGACAAUCGCUCACGCCUCACAGAGAAACUCUCACAGUUCCUUCCCGUCGAUGAAUCGCGUGACCACUCAUCGCUUGAUUCGGCUCUCGACACUGUUCUCACUCAACUUGCUCUUUCGCAGGCUCACGCAGUGGAACAAAGCAACGCAUUUUCCGCCCUGAGUAAUGAGAUCGCGAGUCUCGGGUUUUCAUCUUGCUCUGGCCCGGAAGAAAUGCUUGCGACUAUCGCAGCACAGUUCCGGCAAGCGAGACUCGAUCUCGAGUAUCUCACCCCAGGUGAGGUAGUUGAAGGUUUCGAGAACGAGAAACUGCUCGACAUGCUAGUUUCACGCAUUAGAGUCUUGCUUCAGAAGGUCAAGGAAAGCGAUGAUAGUAUUGAUCAAUAUCAUGAGCAAGAAGUGUUGUUACGCCAGCAGAUCAACACCCACGUUAGCGCAUUUGAUGAUGUACAGAAGGAGUUGUGCCUCGCGAACACUGUGGUUGGAGAUUUGAGAAGCGAAAUCCAAGAGAAAGAAACCACCAAUGAGAGGUUACGGGCUGCCUUGGAGGGCUAUAGAGAUGAGGUUAAGGGGCUAGAGAACUUGAUUGAGAGAAUGGAGAGAGAGGAGGUCUUGAGGGAGGAGAUGUUCAAGAGCGAGGUGAAAGAAGUGGAGGAUAGGCUGCAGAGUGAGAUUUUGAGACAUGAUACAACAAGAGCGAGCGAGGAGGGGAAGGAUAUCAUUAACAUGGAGCUGGAGAGGAGGCUAAAUGCAGCUCUCCAAGCUAAAGACCUUACUAUCCAGCAAUUACAAAGUUCAGGGAUCGACAGAGAAAGGGAACACGGUGAGGCACUUGCUCUUCGCGAUGCCAGGAUCCUGGAACUACGAGGAGAAAUCGAACGCGUCAACGAGGCAUUGAACUCAGCUCAUUCCACUAUCAUGACCCUAAGAAAGGAAAACAAUGAGCUCGAGACUCGGGUACAAGACGAGAGGACGCGAGGACAGUUUGUCGUGCAAUCAAUGCGUGAGCAGUUGAACCGCGUUCUGGAUACCGGACUCGGAUAUCUCAAUGGCGAUACAUCACUCCAGACGCCGAGCACAGAGGGGACUACCCCCGACGUAGGAUCUUCGACAUCACAGCAGGCAGUUGUGAGGAACGGGAGAUUCCUUGAUGCAGACUUAGCAAAAAGGAGUGGGAAGAAAAGGAGAAGAUAUGACAGUGGGUUAGGGUUCUUGGAGGAAGAAGACGCAGGGGAAAUGGAUAUGGGGGUUGAGGUUUGA